AGUCUUGUGAAACUCUGCAACACUCAACAUGAAUGAAUGUCCUUCACAUUUGUAAAUCCGUUAAACCCGCCAACCUGUAAUCCUGUAUACUUAAACAAACAAACAAAUAUUAUUGGCUUCCAGAACUCAGAAAAUACAGGGUAUUUUUGCAAAAUGCUAUUGCUCAUUUGCUGGUUGGAGAGAAGUCACCUUCUUUCGUUUGCUUCGUCAAUCAACUUAUCACCUUUCCUUUUCCUUUGCUAACCCCCACUUCUAAUCUUAUUAUUAUUUGAAUUUCUUCUUCAAUUUUCCCCAUUUUUAUACCCACAUUUCCACAUAUUUCUUGAUUUCACGUUCUUUUUUCUGGGUUUCCAAACCCAGAAAAUAGGUAACGUCUUUGUAUUCGAGGUUUCCAGGGAAGCUUUCUUAGGAGUUUCUAUUCAUUAAGAAAUGCUUGGAGCAGAUAUGAAUGAAGAAAGUAUAGGGAAGAAUUCAAGCCAUAGUGGGAGUUUAAGUAAUUUCAAAAGAAGCCUUAAACAACAACAACAACAUGAAUCACCAAUAAGUCCUCUAAGCCCCGGAACUCCUAGUAUUGGGUCUAUUGAUCUAUCAAUUCUUAAUGUUGUUGACAACUCAAUUGACCAUUUAUAUCGAAACAUUUGUGAUAUGGAAAGCUCUGACGAAUCCCAAUCAACACAUAGCUUCACCAGCUGUGGUAAUGAAUCCAGAAUUGAUUCUGAGCUCCGACAUCUUGUUGGAGCUGAUAAUGUUGUAGAAACUGAGGAGGAUGUGAAGGAGGUUGUUGUGGAAGAAAAACAUGAUCAAAUUCCACAAAGUAUGAAGAAGAAAAAGAAGAAAGUAGUGACCAUUAAUAUGGUACCAAAAGUGGAGGGAGAGGCUAAUAAUAAUAAUAAGGAUGCUGAAACUGUGAUAAGUGAGAAGCCUCCUAUAGGCAAGAGGAAUACAUCAAGAAGAAGAUCAACUUCAUUUGAAGAUAGGAAUUUCAAAAGUCUGAAUUCUCUUGCAAACAACCCGGAUCUAGGGCCGUAUCUACUAAAGAAGGCUCGGGAUAUAGUUGCAUUGGGAGACAACCCGAAGAAGGCAUUUGAGCUUGCCCUUCGAGCAAAGAAAUCAUUUGAGAGUUGUGUUAAUUUUGGUAAGAAGCCUAACUUAGAUUAUGUAAGUUGUUUGCAUCUUUUGGCUUCAAUGCAUAGCAAUGCAGGCAAAUAUAAAGAAGCUGUUUCUCUUCUAGAACAUUCCAACGAAAUUCCAAACAUUGGCUUAGGACAAAACCAUGCUCUUGCAAAAUUUGUGGGGUGUAUGCAGUUAGGUGACAUUUAUGCAAUGAUGGGUCAAAUAGAGAAGGCGGUUAACCUUUACAAAGUCGGGUUGGAGAUUCAAAAGGAAGUUCUUGGAGAUAAAGACCCUCGUUUUGGAGAGACUUGUCGGUAUGUAGCAGAGGCUUAUAUUCAAACACUUGAAUUUGAUGAAGCUGAGAAGCUUUGUAAAAUGGCUUUGGAUAUCCAUAAAGAAAAUGGGUGUCCACCUUCAGUUGAAGAAGCUGCAGAUAGAAGAUUAAUGGGUUUAAUUUGUGAAUCAAAGGGAGAUUAUGAAGUUGCACUUGAACAUUAUGUGUUAGCAAGCACAGCCAUGCAUUGCAGUGGACAGGAAUCAGAUGUUGCAGCUGUUGAUUGUAACAUUGGUGAUGUAUAUUUAGCCUUGGCUCGAUAUGAUGAAGCAAUUUCCUGUUACAAAAAAGCACUCACUUCUUUUACAUCUAGCAAAGGAAAGAAUCAUACAUCCGUUGCUUCGGUUUUUGUUCGUUUAGGAGAGCUUUACAACAAGGUUGGGAAAUUCAGUGAGUGUAAAUCAUAUUGUGAAAGUGCCCUUGAGAUUUACUGUAAGCCACCACCUAAGGGUUCCAAUAUGGAGGAUAUUGCAAAUGGUUUGACUGAUCUUUCUGCUAUCUAUGAGUCGAUGAAUGAGCUUGAUAUGGCCUUUAAUCUACUGAAUAAGGCACUUGAACUACACGGUAAUGAGGCGUCACAGAAGAGUAAGAUUGCUGGAAUCGAAGCUCAAAUGGGCGUGUUAAACUUUAUGCUAGGGAAUUAUGAGGAUUCCUAUAACUUCCUUAAAAGUUCUGUAUUGAAGUUUGAGGCUUCUGGGGAAAAGAAGUCUUCCCUUUACGCAAUCACUUUGAAUCAACUAGGGCUUGCCUGUGUGCAGCUCUAUCAAAUUACUGAGGCUUCUGAGCUUUUUGAUAAAGCCAGGAGUAUUUUGGAAAAAGAAUAUGGUUUGUUUCACCCUGAUACUUUAGGGGUUUACAGCAAUCUUGCAGGCACCUAUGAUGCCCUUGGUAGAUGGGAUGAUGCAGUUGAGCUGUUGGAACUUGUUGUGGUGAUGCGAGAAGAGAAGCUCGGGACAGCUGAUCCAAUCGUGGAUGACGAAAAGAGGAGGUUGGCAGAGUUACUAAACGAAGCAGGGAAGGCGAGAAGAAGAUAUUCUAGGUCACUGGAAACCCUGUUUGACAAAAAUCUGCAGGCUGGUCUGAUAGGUACAAAAAAUCAGUUUUCAGGGAUGUAAAUAACUUUCCUUUCUUUCACCAACUCAAGAGAAGAUUUUCUUCAGAGCAGCAAUGAGGUUAACUGCAAUGAAUAUGUUUAAAAAAGAUUGCUGUUUCUCAAGCUACAAGUGAUGUUUUAGCCAUGAGCUGUUUAACAUAGUUUAUGAGAUUUUCGUCCCUUUGUUCCUCUCAUGUACAGUAUAGUUAUAUUUGUAUCAGAACUCAGAAGUAAUGGUCAAAAUGGAAUGUUCCCCUUGUUAGGAGGGGUUCCUGAAAUGUAUUUUCGCCGUACCUUCGUAAUGGAAGAUGAAAAUGGAAAUGUCAUUCUUUUAUUCUUUUUCAGAUUACUA